UCGGCUGAUUAUGUUGUAACACGCACUGUGGAUUUUGGGCUGUUUUGCAAGCGAGAUCUAACAAAAAUUUUUGUAAUCUUCUAUUCUUAUUUUUAUUAUUUUUUACUUUCAGUAGAAUCUGCAAGCUGUGACUUUAGUUGAUUCGCAAUUACUUGACUAGCUAAUUUACCGGAUAACAAUAUGACUGAUAUUCAAUUUUUUCAAUAUGUCUGCCCGUGUUCAUCAACUUCAGUAGUUGGUAGCAGUGAUUCAGUUGAAGCUUGAGAGAAUGCCGAGAUUCCGGUGCUUUGGUGAGUGUGCUGUUUUCAAACAUGGGGAGGUUAUUUUUAUGAAAUAAUAUGUGGGGACAAGGAAAUCGGGUUAUUAUUGUAUUAGUGAGUGUAUUAAGUGGGUGUAUUAUCCUUUAUAAUAUUUGGGAGUCAUUAAUCGGGGUCACAAUACUUUGUCUUGUUGUGAUAUACGCAUGUAUUUCCUUGCUGAUCAACGACGAUUUAUCCACGCUUACAUUCACAUUUCAAACUUUCAACAGAGCCGGUGAAAACAUUCACAAUUUGGCCAAGUAUAUUUAUUAUCAAGCAUCAGUAAGUUUUCAUCAUUCGUUAGAAUUUGUUAAGACAUUUUAUCAAGAGCGAAUAGUAUCAAGAAUGAAUCAUCGAAGAAAUACUUAUCAACUCAGCAGUGAGUCGUUAAUGAACUCCAAUCGUCCUUCGCAAUUGGGUUUUAUUGGUGGAUCCAGUCCAAUUUCAAAAGUUAAACGUUUAAAUGAUUCAAAAUCAGAAAAUAAUAGUUUAUCACCUAAAAAAAAUUCUCGAAUUUUAAAUAAUACUCGAUCACUCGAUGAAGUUCGAUUGAGUAAUCAAAAAUCACGUAAUGAAGAUGUUUAUGGAGAUGUCAAUUCAACACGGUUAUCAUGGAAGAAAAGAUCAUCUUCAUAUCUCAGUGACGAUCCUUUUUUGAGAGGAGAAAGUACAAUGUAUAGUCCUGAAGGAUCUCCUUGGGGGACUAGUAUUAGCCCUAAAAUGAAAUCAAACAAUCAAGAGGUUAAUAUAGUCCAGACCGUUGCUGGACCUCUUUUAUCAUCAACGAGAUUUAACAUUGAUCCAAAAGUAUAUAGUGACGUAACUUCUCCAGGAUUAACGUCACGAUUGACAAAAUAUGCCAGUGAAGCAACUAAUAAAUUAACUCAUCAGUCUCAAUACAGUAUUGGUCAGUUUCCGAAAGUUAACUUGAAUUGUAGUCCAACUCCGUUAAUCAACGCGAAAGUUGGAAGAACAAGAACUCCAGUCACUGUUAGAAUUGCACCGCCAGAAACAAUUAAAUAUUCUCCACCGGAAAAACAAAAAAUUUUGUCCAGUAUAUGUCGAUCUGGGAGUACUCAAUCUCCAAGUGUAGUUCAAGUAUUAAAAGAAAUAUCCUUGAAAAGACAUGCUUCUAGAGAUGAUAUGUCUUUAGAGUUAAUUAAAAAACAGAAAACUGAUGGAAUUUAUUCCGACGAAUAUGAAAAUUAUGAUGAAGGAACUCAAAAGCGAACUAGAGAUGAUUCUUCAAGAUCAGAUGAAGAAAUUUCAGUAGAAAAUACAUCUAGACCAUAUAAAAGAACGAAAACACCUUGUUACGAUGUUCUCAGUUCAUUAAGCUGCAGUCCUAGUACAUUGUCUUCUGGUGUAAAGAGAAAAGCUGAUAUUUCAAGAAGUGGUACACCUGAAUUAGGCAAACAUUUUAAAGCUGUAGAUAACAACCGGAGUAAAAGUUCUCCAAUAUUGCCUCGAAAUUCUGGAGACUUUGUCAGAAUAACUAAAGAAAUGUGUAAAAAUCAUUCAGAAGGCGAUUUUAGUAAUAAUUCGAAAAAAGAAGAAAAAAGUAUUUCGCCAAAAGAAUCAUUAAAAUCAUUAUCACCUAAAGAUCUCAAUCUUUAUGGUGACAAAAAUCGAGUAAUUGUGGAAAAUUCUCCUAUUAAAUAUACUGAUAGAUUAUUUAUGAAAGCAGAACCUCCGAAUAUUGAUAAGCUUAAGAGUCUUAUAGAAGAACAUGGAAAUGUAACUCGUAAAUUUUCCGGAGAUGAUGGAGAAGAAAUUAAAAAAUCAGAUGUCGUCAAUAUGAGACAAACAAGUAUGAAAGCGCGAUUAAGAAGUAUGUUUGAUGCGAUAUCUGGUAAAUCUUCAAGUCAAAUUGAUCCUAAUGUAGUAAUUCAAGCAGAAUCAGUAACUCCACGUUCUUCAUUAUUAAAUGAAUCGAUAUCUCCACCACCUAACACUACAACUAUAAAUUCGUGCACUUCAACAACUACUAUCAAUACUUCUCCAAUUUCUACAUCAGCUGUUACUCCAAUAAUUGGUAAAACUAAAGACAGUUCAACACCUGUAAAGCAUGUAACAUUUCAGCUGUCAACACCAUCAAAUCCAAUUAUUAAUUCCAUGAGUAAUGUUUCUACUACUGAUGCUAAUAUAAAUACACCUACUUUGCCCACAGAGGUACAAAUGCAAAAAGCUGAAGGAACAAAGAAACCUGAAAUUGUAGCAAAUAAUUCUAAUUUGAUGUCAUUUUUCACUCCUGCCAAUAAUAAAAUAUCACCACCUGCUUUUAGUUUUGCUAGUACUACAACAAAUAGUCCUUUAAGUUCAACUAUAUCAACUAAGCCAGUAAAUCAUGCUUCAACUAUACCAUCAACCAUUUCAACGCCGUCUAAUACUCCAACUAUUCAAUUAGCAACGACGUCAGAAUCAACUAAUAUUCCAAAAACAAACAGUUUUACAAUCAACGUAUCACAACCUGCAAAAUCGGAGUCUAGUUCAUUUGGAAGUUUUGGAUCCACGAGUCAAAAAUCAAUUGUUGCUCCACAAUCUUCAGGAAAAUUUACAUUCGAAUCAAAAACUAGUAGUCCUGCAAUUGUUAGUACACCAAAUUUACUGUCUACAACUUCUUCAACAUCGAAGCCUCAAUUCCAAUUUAGUUCUUCUUUAGCUUCUACUACUCAAGCAGCAUCUACAAAUAAUCUUUCAACACCAACUAAUAAAUCAGGAUUAUUUAGUGGAGGGUUUAGUAACUCUACUACUUCUGCAAGUGCUGUUUCUUCAGCAUCUACAUUUUCUUUUGGUACUAGUAGUAUUUCAGUUUCUACUCAGCCUGCAAAACCACCUGCCCCUCAAGCGGCAUUUUCUUUUGGACCUUCAAAAGCUCUUUCGUCAGAAAAGAACACGAGUUUGACUCAAAAUACAGCACAAACAGUUGAAGCAAAGCCACCACCACCAAGUGGUGCACCAAGUUUUUCCUUUAACUCAAGUUUAAAUACAACUUCACCACUUUUUGGAUUAACAACAUCAUCUUCAUCAAUAUCUACAACUGUAUCUACAACUAGCAGUGCAUCAUCAACUACAUCUGCGUCUACAUCAACUUCUAAACCUGUAUUUUCAUUCGGCGCUUCAAAUGCAUCAUCAAGUACUCCUUUAACUUUUGGAGCUUCGAGUCAACCAUCUUCUACAUGGUUUGGAUCUACGCCUGUAACAACUUCUCAACCUCUUCAAUCAACUAUGUCCUUCGCUACAACACUAUCAUCGGGAGCAAAUCUCACAUCAACACUUGGUACUACUACUGCCUCAAUUUUCGGAUCUAUGUCUCAACCGUCUAUAUUUUCAACAGCGUCAAAUUCCCCGAGUACAAAUCCAAGCGCCAUACAAUUUGGUACACCGAAAACCACAGAAUCUUCAUCUUUUGGCACAAAUUCUGCCACUACAUCAUCAAAUAUUUUCAACGGUAUAAAUACAGCCGUUACUACAUCUACUCCGAUUUUUAGUGGAGGAAGUAAUAUUUUUGGUCAAACAAAACCUCCUGCAUUCAAUACUCAAACUACUUCUAGUUUUGGAACCACCGCUACUUCUACGUUUGGGACGAGUUCUACUGCAUUUGGAACUCAACCAACACCGUCAUCUAGUUUUAGUACAAUCACUCCAACAACUAAAUCAACUCCAGCAUUUGGAACUUCAUCGAAUGUAAUAGUACCAAGCUUUGGAACUUCUAAUGUAACACCAUUACCAAGUUUUGAAGCUAUAAGUACUACUGUAGCGAGUUUUGGAUCUACAAAUAAUACUACAACAUUUACUUCUCCAACUACUACAACACCGAGUUUUGGAACAGCAUUCAGUUCUAAUACAGCUACUCCAUUAUUUGGGACACCUCAAAAUACAAAUUCUACGACUUCAACAUUCAAUACAACAACGCCAUCAUUUGGAACUCCAUCAACGGCUCCACCAGCGUUUGCUUCUAGUACAACAUCAGCGCCUACUUUUGGAACAUCAACAUCUAGUGGGUUUGGUGGAUCAAAUACAGCUCCACCGAUGUUUGGAAGUAGUAGCUCGGGAUUUAGCGGAUUUGGAUCGAAUUCAACAAAUACAACUACACCUUUUGGCUCUACUUCUUCAAGUACGCCAGCAUUUGGAUCAUCCACAACUAUUCCCACAUUUGGUGCUUCGACUAGUAAUAACACAGGCAGUACAUUUGCAUUUGGAAAUACAGCAAAUCAAUCUCAGCCACAGCAAAGUUCUGUAUUUAACUUUGGAGCUUCUGGGUCAAGUACUAGUGGUGGAAGUGGGGCAGCACCGUUUCAAUUCGGAGCUUCAUCUUCUCAAACCGGAGGUUUUAAUUUCUCUGGUGGAUCUCAGCUAUCUGGAUCUUUCAAUACAUCCAGCCAAGGAAGUAUGUUUAGCAUUGGAUCAGGCUCUACAGCUCCUAAAUCAAGAGCACAACGUUCACGAAGGCAUCAAAGAUGAUGGAGAAUGUAAUCUUCAUUACUUUAUUUAAAUUAAUAUCUUAUGAGUUUAUACUAUGAAUAAAGUGGGUCUACAAUAUGUUUCAAUUACGAAGUAUCAUCAAUAUUUGGAAAAAUUGUCGUCUGGUGCGAUGUGAUCUUGGUGAUUGAAAUCUAAUGCUUAACAUAUUAAUAAUUAAUGCUCAGUAAAACAUUUAAAUGUACUUUAGAUAUGUUAUAGAGAAGAAAAAAAAUUACAAAAAAAGGAAGUACUUAAGUUGAUCAUGAUUAAUUUUAUACAUAGAUAUGAAUAUAGUGAGAAUAGUUUAAUUAAUGAUGUAAAGUGCGAUCGUAAUAAUUCUGAAUAAGAAGUGCGAUAUAGAGUGUGCUUUUAAAAAAGCAACUUAUUUUGAAACGAAUUUAUCUAAAAGAUAAUAUUAUUACAAAUAUAUAUCAUGUAUUAAAUGAUCACAUCAACUUGAGUCGAUUUCAAAAGAUUAGUAAUUAAAUAUAAUAAUAACAAUUAAAACAACAGUUAGUUAGUUAGUUUAAAUGAUAAACAGAAACUAAUAUUUAAUAUGUAAUAUAUUUAAAUGAAUACUUUUAUUUUUUUUUUUUUUUGGUUUUUUUUAUCACAAUCAGAAAUGCUUGCUAAGCUUUCUUAUCAAAAAAUAGAGUUAAGACAGAAUGUAUUAAAAGAUUGAAUCAAUGUUUUUUCAAUCGAAGUAAUAUCAAUCAAUUCGACUAAAUUCAACUACAAAAUGAAUGACAUAUUUAGAUUUUUCAUAUUAGAACGAAUUCUAGAGGUUUUUUUCAUUAAAAAAACAUGUUAGUGUAACAAAAUAUAGAUGUUAAUGAAAUGUAGUUAAAUUAUUCGAAUUGAUUUUAUAUUUAAAUGUUUUUCAACUGCAAAUGUUAGUUAAAUUUUGAUUUUACAUCAUUUAAAAAUAUUAAAUAUUAGGUAAAUAUUUCGGAGAAAAUAUCUAAUUAUUUUUAAUUCUAUGAGUAAUAAUCUUAGAAUUACUAAUAAACACUAUUGAAAUAAAAGAUAGUUUUCAAGAUUAACAACCAAAAUUCAAUUAUCCUUCUACUAAAUUAAUAAAACUUUUGCUAGGUAAAAAAUAAUAAUUAGAUGGAUCGAAAGAUUUCUCUGUAACACAAACAUUUCAACUGUAAAAAGUCAAAAGAUAAUAAAGUCUUAUUACUUUGAUGAGCGUUUUUCGGAUGAUUCAAUGUAAUAGUUAAAAUUGAAAAAAUAGUUAACAGAAUGUUUAGACAGAAUGAUGAACUUUGUUAAUGCACAGGUUUUAAUAAUUAAUCAAGUAUAAAUUAUGAUGAUUAUAAAAAUCAUAUCAAAUUUUGUUAAAAAUAAAUGAAUUAAUUAUAAAUUUUUAAUCGUAAUGAUAUUUCAAAUACUAAACUAUUUCCGAUAAUUUAUUAUUUCGUAUCUAUAAAGUUUUUCGAUAAUUGUUACAAAAUAAUUUGUAAACGAUGUACGUAAAAAGUAAUUGUUUAUAAUUUAAAACUGUUUCUAUAACGUUUUUAGUUACUUUGCAAAUAAAGGAUGCAAAA